CCAAACCUUCCUGCACCCCUUUCAGAUUACUCAAAACAACCUGCAGCAUGUCUGAAAGGGAUACGAAGCCUGGCGCUCCUGCGGCGGAAGUUGUCGCCGAGAAGGCCGAGCACAUUGAAGAUGUUGAUUCAGUUGUGGAGAAGAAGCUCGAAGCUAUCGAGAAGAAGUUGGAAAUCCCCAUCAAGAAAGCUCCGAGUAGCGUACUGAAGCUGUUGAGCGAUGUGGAUAAGACAGUAUUGAGGAUAAAUAAGCUUCUUGCAGCGCCUGGCGGCCUCGCAUCCUUCCUAUCGACCUUCAAUUACACCCUCUACAUACUCGCAUAUGCGCAGACAAAGUCGCCCUCCCUUACCUCGCUCCUCCAGAAGUUUCUCUCCCUCAUCAGAACUUCCAGCGCCGUCACAAAGCCUAGUACAGCAACCCUCGUCAACGCAGGCGCCGUUCCACCCAUUGCUGCGCUUGCAGUCCUGAUCUCCAAAGCGCGCACAACCCUCCGCCUUUUCGGUACCUUCCCGCUCUACGCAUGGCUGCGCACCCUUCUUACCGGCCCUAAGCCCGGCGCAGAUGUAGUUCUGCACCGCAUCGCCAUUCUGCAAGCAAGCAGCUACUUCACCUACCAAGCGCUCGAAAACAUCUCCCUCCUCGCCGACUCCGGUGUUGUCGGCCCCGCUUUUAUCUCCGCUAUUAACCGCGGCGACUCGAAGACUGCACGCAUAUACCUGUGGGCCUACCGCGCAUGGCUAGGCGGUGUGUCGUGCGACUUCUUGCGCUUAGCGCGUGAAUGGCAGCUUGAGAGCCGUAGAAGGACAACAAGGGCGAGGAUGCAGAGCGAAGGCAGGGCGGUUGCAGAGUACCAAGACGAUGAGGAUGCGAAAUUCGAUCAGAGGUGGUGGACCGAUGCUAUGAUUGCAAGUGCAUGGUUCCCCAUGGCAUUACAUUUCAGCAGCUCGACUGGUGGGCUGCCAGGCUGGAACUUGGGCUGGAUGGGAUUGUGCGGUCUGGUCGCAGGAAGUACAAGGGCUUCUGCCGCAUCACCAAAAGAUGGUUUCAACAUCGUUGAAGCAGACAUCCCAUCACACUUAGCUGCUCUUGCCUCCGGAUUAACAACAUCUACAUCCCUAGUGACCAGCUACCUGAACCGCAUAGCAACGUACGAUAUUGCCGGGAAUCUGAAUGCAUUCACUGUCUUCAAUGACAAAGUCUACGAAGAAGCAGCAGCUUCAGACGCUCGAAGAGCCCAAGGACUACCACCUCGACCACUGGAGGGUAUACCUUACACCAUCAAGGACAGCUACAAGUACCUCGGUCUCAGCAUAACAGAUGGCUCGCCUGCACUGAAAGGCGUGAUGUCAAACGAAGACUCGACGCUUGCGAAGAGAUUGAGAGACGCCGGGGCAGUGCUUCUGGGAAAGACGAACAUGCCACCUAUGGCUGCUGGUGGAAUGCAAAGAGGACUCUAUGGACGUGCUGAGUCACCAUACAAUCCAAAGUAUCUGACUGCAGCGUUCUCGUCCGGAUCCUCGAACGGAGCUGCGACGAGCCUGGCAAACAGUAUGGCAGUGUUUGGCUUGGGAAGCGAGACAGUGAGCAGUGGAAGAAGUCCCGCAUCGAACAACGCGCUUGUGUGUUAUACCCCAUCGAAAGGUGUGCUGAGCUGCAGAGGCCUUGUACCACUGUAUAUUACGUGUGACGUGCCGUCCCCAUACGCGCGUUCCGUUGGCGACAUGCUGGCACUCCUGGACGUAAUCGCGGUACCAGACGAAGAGACAAAGGGCGACUUCUACAGAGAGCAAACGUUUGUUCCGAUCCCUGGGCCACCAAAGAUCGGAUACUCGUCACUAAAGAACGCAAACGCCUUACAAGGCAAGAGGAUAGGAGUGCCGAAGAUGUACGUCGGUCAGAAUGACUCAGACCCACACGCAAAGCCCACUUACGUCUCACUCGAAGUCAUCGCCGUGUGGAAGCAAACAGCUCAAGACCUCGAAGCUCUUGGUGCCGAGGUAGUCUACACUGACUUCCCACUCGUCACAAACUACGAGAACGACUCCGCCUCCCACGAAGCCAAUAACGUCGUCGGCGCACCAUCGAACUGGAAUCACGUCGAGCGUGGCGUCCUGAUCGCGAAAGCAUGGAAUACGUUCCUCGAGCAGAACAACGACCCCGACAUCAAGAGCCUAAGAGACAUCGAAGACUCAGCAAUGCUAUUCCCAAAGCCCAAACCCUACGUCCCAGACACCUUCCUCGAAGUACGCAAUUGGAUUGACUACGCCGGCCUACCCUCCCUCCUGCAACAGGCCGAAGGCGAAUCAGUCUUUGAUGUGGCCGGUCUCGAAGACGCAGUCAAAGCACUCGAAGCCCAACGCAAGCGCGAUUUGGAAGACUGGAUGACAGAACAUAAUCUCGACGUCAUCGCCUUCCCAGCACAAGGCGACGUCGGCCUCGCAGAUCUCGAGUUUAAUCUUGAAAGCACGAAACACAGUCUGCAGAACGGCGUCAAGUACUCGAACGGCAACAGAGCGAUACGACAUCUUGGUGUGCCGACGGUGAGUGUACCGAUGGGUGUACUGGAGGGCAAAGGUAUGCCUGUCAACAUCACGUUCGCAGGGAGAGCGUACGAGGAUCCGAAGUUGUUGGAGUACGCGUAUGCAUUUGAACAAGCAACGAAGAGGAGGAUCAGUCCGCCUCUAGCACCGCUUGAGACUGAUAUUGCAAGAAAAGAGACACAGCAAGAGUAUGGCGCGACGAGUUUGAAUCUCUCGGUGGGUGUUCGUACGACGAAGCUGGGUGAGGGAAAAGUGGGUCUUGAUAUCAAUGGUAUGAUUUCUGUGGAUGGUACGGAUAGAGAGGUACAGAUUUUCGUUGACGGGCAGGAGGCGUGGAAGGAUAAGGUCGCAACGGAGACCUGGAACGUGCAGCUGGAGCACACGCCCGUGCGACAAGAGUAUUUGGGGUGGGAUUUGAAGCCACUGCCUCCAAAGAAGGCUAUGGUGAUUGUGGUUGCAAGAGGAGACGGCUUGAGGGAGGAGGCAAAACUGCUGUGGGCGGCCGUUGCUUGACGACUGGGCAG